UCUGCAAUAAUACUUACGCACACAUACGCACACACGAGUACAGUCGCAAGUUGCGACUCGCAACGCCAUACAAAAAGUUGGAACCUAGUGGAAACGGAGAAAGAUUUACCUAGCCAAUCCCUUCCAGAGCGCAGGACGACCAGCUUCCAGCCCAAAUCCCAGAUCCCACGUCAUCGAGCCGAUGUCGCGGCGGGAAUAGAUCAAAUCGCAGUCCAAACAAGAUGAUAAACCCCAUUGCAUCCGAAUCGGAGGCCAUCAAUUCGGCCACCUAUGUGGACAACUACAUUGAUUCCGUGGAAAAUCUGCCGGACGACGUGCAGCGCCAGUUGUCCCGCAUCCGCGACAUAGACGUGCAGUACAGAGGCCUAAUCCGCGACGUGGACCACUACUACGACCUGUAUCUGUCCCUGCAGAACUCCCCGGAUGCCGCGCGACGGUCGAGGACCAUCUCGCGAAUGCACCAGAGUCUCAUUCAAGCGCAGGAGCUUGGCGACGAAAAGAUGCAAAUUGUGAACCACAUGCAAGAGAUCAUUGACGGCAAGCUGCGCCAGCUGGACACGGACCAGCAGAACCUGGACCUGAAGGAGGAACGCGAUCGGUAUGCGACGCUCUUGGAGGAUGGGCAACCCUCAAAACUGCAGCGCCUGCAAAGUCCGAUGCGAGAGCAGGGCAACCAAGCGGGAACCGGCAAUGGAGGCCUUAACGGAAAUGGCCUGCUGUCAGCGAAGGAUCACUAUGCCUUGGGCGGCUAUGCAGGAGGAGUUGUGAGCGGUUCCAAUGCCCUGCCCUCCGGCAAUGGCGGUAGCUCAACGCCCAACUCAGAGCGCUCCAGCCAUGUCAGUAAUGGCGGGAACAGCGGCUCCAAUGGCAACGUCAGCGGAGGGGGUGGCGGUCCUGGCGGAGAUUUGCAGCGGACGGGCAGUAAGCGGUCAAGGCGGCGGAACGAGAGCCUGGUCAACAACGGCAGCUCGCUGGAGAUGGGCGGCAAUGAGUCCAACUCUGCGAACGAGGCCAGCGGAAGCGGCAGUGGCGAACGCAAAGCCUCACUGGGCGGCGGUAGUGGAGCGGGACAGGGACGCAAGGCCAAUCUACAGGCUGCAGCAGGCAACUUGGCCAGCGGUUCAGCGUCCACCAGCAGUGGGGCAGCAGGAGGUGGCGGUGCCGGCGGCAGUGGAGCAGGAGUGGUCGGUGGUGGCAACAAUUCCGGCAAGAAAAAGAAACGCAAGGUCCGCGGCUCUGGGGCUGCUAAUGCUAAUACGAGUACGCGCGAAGAGACGCCGCCGCCGGAGACCAUUGAUCCCGACGAGCCGACCUAUUGUGUCUGCAAUCAGAUCUCCUUUGGCGAGAUGAUCUUGUGCGAUAACGACCUGUGCCCCAUCGAGUGGUUCCACUUUUCGUGCGUUUCUCUGGUGCUGAAACCGAAGGGCAAGUGGUUCUGCCCCAAUUGCCGUGGAGAACGGCCCAACGUGAUGAAGCCUAAGGCACAGUUCCUUAAGGAGCUGGAGCGUUACAACAAGGAGAAGGAGGAGAAGACCUAGUGCACUUCGCCACAUAAACCCAUUGCUCUGUGUCAAACACCAGGCUCUGUAAAUUAUUCGAUCCUAAGAUUUACCUUAAUGUAUAUUUAAUGACCCGCGCAAAUACGCUCCCUCUCCCUAUCCGACUUUCCGUUCUUUCAUCCAGUCUAGAUCCCCUGCUUCAGUGGUUAAAGUUCUUCAGCUUUCAUUUAAUGUUUCUGUACAAAUAAUACCCUUAUCAAUGUAAACACUCACACACACACAGACUCGUAUAAUUAGAGGACACCUUAAUUUAAUUUACGGUAAUAAAAGUUGAUAUUCAAAACACAA